AAAAAAAUUCUAGUAAAGAAAUGACUCAGGAUAAUGAUUCACAAAGUUCUGAAACAGUUAAUAAUGAAUUAGAAAUAGUUGAUAAUUUUCAAAAAAUAAAUUAUGAUUAUUUGUUAAAAGAUAUUGAAAUCAAAGUUGAUGAAUCAUUUGAUAUUGCAAAAAGUUAUAAUCUAAGAUUAAAAGCUUUGCAAUAUUAUUUUCAAUUAUUAAAAAGAAAUCAUAAAAAAUUUGAAGCAGCAAAUUUAGUUUCAAAAAUCUUAAAUAAAGGCCCAUGGUUUUCAAAAUGUAUAAGAAGUUGGGGAAAGUCAUUUAUAGAAUAUGGUGAUAUUUCAUAUAAAAAAAGAGGCAAACAUUUAAGAGGAAGUAUUAUUGAUGAUGAAGAUGUUCAGAUUAAAAUAUCAUCUUUUUUAAGAAAGGAAAAAUUUAAUGUGACUGUAAAUAAUUUUAAAGAAUUUAUUGCUAAAGAUGUAUUUCCUAGUAUAGGAGUUGAAAAUGAGACAGCAAUCAGGUGA